AUGCUGAGGUACGCGUUCCCCGCAGACCCCGACUCGGAGCUCUGGUGGUGCGAGCGGCCCGGCGGCGGCGUCGUCUUCCGCAGGAGGAGGGGCGCCUCCCAGCGCCGGCGUCUCGCCAGGGCCGGCUCCAGGAACAGGGAGUCGGCGGAGAGGGACGGGGAGCGGCGGCGCGCGCCCAGCCUGCGCCUCGCCAACGGCCGGCCCAGCGCCGCGCCAGUGGGCAGCGCGCAGUCGGAGGAGGAGCUCAAGGAUGACUCCAUCAAGAUCAGCAUCGAGAACACCAACACGUGCACCGACUCGCUGGUGACGGCCAUCGACGACGAGACGCUGCUCAUCGCCGACUUCCUGUCCAGCUCGCUGUCCAACAUGAACAAGGACCCGGCGGCGAACGCCGGCCCGGGCGCCGCCGCGGGCAAGGUGCACUUCGGGGGCGCCGGCGACGACGUCAGCCUCUACGGGACGCCCAAGGAGGAGCCCGGCCCCAACCCUCUGGCCGCCAGCGAGAAGCAGAGCUUCCUCAAGAACCAGCUGCAGGCCAUCUUCCAGCCCACCGACAACAAGCUCGCCAUGAAGCUCUUCGGCAGUAAGAAGGCGCUCAUGAAGGAGCGCAUCCGCCAGAAAGCCGCCGGACACUGGGUCAUCCACCCCUGUUCCAGCUUCAGGUCAGUGCCACAACUGUUUCCUUACUGUGCUACGUACGUGUGCGCGUGUCCGCCCGCCUCUGCUCCGGAAGAGUAG